GCUCGCUUUGUGUUUGCACUGUUUGGCAAAUAUUUAUUCGCCUAUGCAUUCAAAUGCUUUAUUUGUGUCGUAAUAACUUUGCAGGUGCGAUAACUGUCGCGGUCGACUUAUAACAUGAAGGUCAGCCGUUGAUAUUGCAGUGUUUAUAUUGUAGAAAGUUAGUUUUUACAUAGGUAGUACAUGUUGCGUAUCACAUCACAAUGUCCUUUGAGGAGGGACCGCUGUAUUAUAGAGAAAUACAGAAGAAUGCGUACCUCAAGAGAGUACCGAACGAACCAACGGGCAGUAAAUUCAUGCAGCUUGGUUAUAAGAAGGUACCACUCAAACCAAUGUGGACGCUAUUCUGCAUCCACAACGGACGGACUCCGUACCUCGAGCAGUACCCAGAAGCGACUUCCCCCACCACGCUGUGCCACAAGCCGGUGUGGACAGCGUGUCUCCGUACAGCGAGACACGUGACAGCCAGUGUGAAGCCCCGCGCCGGGGGGGAGUAUGACUUCUUAGUGGACACGCAGCACGGAUCUAUUAGGAUGAUCGCUCCUGAUUGGGACACGAUGCAAGACUGGGUGUCGUGCCUCCGCAGCAAGCUCCAGGAGCUGCGCAUCGUGUCUCCCGGCGAGAACGUGUACUGCGCCGCGCCCGCCGCGCCGGCGCCGCGCGCGCCCGCCCGCGACCCCACCAGCCCGCUGCCGCCCACGCCGCCCGUGCCGCCCGACAGGGUACCGGGCAUAGAGCUCAUACCACCUCGCCCCCCACCAGAAGAGGCCCAGAACCCCCCAGAACCGCUCCCACUACCACCACCACAAGCGGAACCCGUGGACAUCUCUAAUUGGGAAGUGGACCCCCAACCCGGCACCAGUAUGGACCAACCCCAAAGUGUUGCCAAGAUAUGCGGACAGAAUAUAUGUCUCGAUGACUCUAUCCUGAGACGGAGAGAGAGUUGCGAUGAUUUCUUUGAUGAUGAUGAUGGCAACGAGGAUUAUAAGCAGACGGUGAAGGUUGGUGAUGAAGCGGCUGAAGAAAAUGUUCAGUGCGAAACGCCUCCACAAGCAACAAACAUAACGGUGAUCCAAGUAUCCAAUAAAGGUCCUCCGCACACAGCCAUCCCGGUUUUAGGUCCGGAGACAGAUGUCUUCAACUUUGAAUUCAAAGAGAAAGUCACAAUACAACCGGACAACUUCGUCAACAUAGUCAACACAGAAAGUAACGGUUACGGAGCAGUUUUCAACGAUGGGGACUACGGUCACUUGAGUUUAACAACCACGGUUAAUUUAACAACGGAUAACUCUUCGAGCAAUGUUAACGUAACGGAUAAUUCAACAGGCAACGAUACAACGGAAGGUGUCUACGAGAGGUUGUGUAUGGCUUCAACUUCAAACGAAACGGUGUCACGUUUGAGGAAUAUGGAGAAACUGAGGAAGUCAUCGCUUCCAAAUUUGGACACGAACGAUUCAACGUAUGAAUAUUUGUUUCCGAAUAAUAAUGGAAAUGAUUCUUCUAGAACAGAAGAGAGUGUAACGCAGAAUGGUAAUGGACAUGAAGUGAGUAGGAUUAAUUUGGUGCAAAAUGUGGAUACGGUUAGAGUGAGGAGUAGUAUAGAGAGAUCUCAAAGUCAGAGUGCGUACGAUAGCGGAGACAGAGUUAGAGAUAGACUUGUGAGACCUAGUAGGAGUCCACGAAGAGAUGUUAAUAAGACUGAAAAAUCGGAGGCUCUGCCAACGAAACCAAUAUGGAAACGGGGUCUCACGGAACUGUCUCUGCUGACCAAGCUGAGGAUUGGCGGGAAACGGCACGAGAGCCCCAACAGACAGGAACCGGAUGUUGACAGUCACCGCGCAACAACUUCUCCCGUUAAAGUUGUACGUCGGUCGAGACCUGAAGGCAGAGUGGACGGAGUAAGGAGAAGAAGCAGCUCUUUGAACAACGGCCAGCUCGCCGGCCCCGCGCCGCCGCUGCGGCCGCUGCGCGCGCGCCAGGCGGCCGCGCUGGUAGCGGAGCAGAGGCGCGGCGCCGCCGUCGCGGUCACCGUGUCCGCGAGGGACCCGCCCGCCUUCGUGGACUACGAUCACCAGGUUUGGAUAUGCCACUGGGGGAACUCCGGCCGCGUGGUGAACGGCCGCCCCGGAGACCGCGUGUGUGCCGUCAGGAGGCAGGCGCCGCGGAGCGCCCAGCACGCCUUGCAGCUCCUCAGGCAGGAUAGGCAGAGGGUGGACAUUUUGUUUCACCGGGUGCCCCUCGGAAAAAUAUACGUUCUCAACAGGAGGAACAAUGAGAGUUUGGGUUUAAAACUGGACAGUGAAUGCAACAUAACAUCGGUGGAGCGCGGUUCAGUGUGCGCAAGCGCAGGCCUCCCGCCGGCGGGGCGGUGGGCGGUCACUGAGGUCAAUAACCGACAUAUAAACUUACUCAAGGGUGGCGAAGAAGAGAUGCAGCGUCUCAUCAUGCACGGCUCCGAGGUGUCAGUUCUUAUCCAGCCGUCAGCUCUAGUCAAGAAAAUAAGGACGGCUCUCAAAGCCAAUAAACACCUUAUAUACAGGUAGGGAAAGCACUUUGUCGCAUGGCAGCCGGGAAUAAAAAUGAAGGUUUUGGCUGCUUUGAAAAAAUAUUGUAUAGUCCGCCAUUGCAAGUGUUUUCUUUUUUUAAAUAACUAUGUACUAUUUCUUGUAUCAUUCAUUCGUUCAUAUAUAUUCAUUCAUCUAUAUUUCUUGCGGGGUAGACAGCGUCAGCAGUCUUGAGAGACUGAUGGGCCACGUUCAGCUCCUUUCAAGGUUUGCUCAAUCAGAAAUAAAUUAGAAGGCUUGAUUUCUAUACUUUAGAAGAAUCAAACAAUAUGUAAUAUCAUUUGAAAGGAAAGCGAACUUAACUUUAAAAAAAUACUGUGUAAUUGUAUGUAAAUUUACUCCGUUACAAGAAAUAGUACAGUAGUUUAAAAUAAAUAAAUCAUUUGCAUUGGCGGAUUUAUCCCAUCAAUAGAUCUCCUCCAGUCAACCGGCAAACAAUAAAGGAACUAGAUAAUUGAGUAAAAAAGUAUAUGUCUGUUUUAUUGCUGUUACAUUUUUUUUUAACUUCAGUAGGAUAUCCGUGUAAACAUUUACAGCCUUAUUCAUAAAAAUUAAACCUAUUUAGUCUCUUGAGAACGUCUUAACACAAUUGUCACGAAACGAAAGAAAAGUUCCCAAAAAAAUGUAAACAAAACGCGCCAAAGUCAUUGAAAUGCCAGAUGUGAGAGACAGUCAUCGGCGGCAAAUGGAAUCAGCUGUGACUGGUCCGCCAUUUUGUUUCUUAAACCCUUGAACUAGCGUCCGAGGCUGUUUAAUUUGACAGCAAUUUAAGAAGAUGUUAAACUCUUAACAGCAUAUAUUAAUACGAUUUUUUAAAGUAUGAGUUGUCGGCCUCGGCGCAGCGGUAGUACGCUUGUCUGUGACACCGGAGGUCCGAAUCCCGGUCAGGGCAUGAUGAGAAAAGAACUUUUUCUGAUCGGAAUUUUUAUCUAUAUAUUUUAAAACUAUUUAUUAUAAAAUAUAGAAUCGUUGAGAUAUCAUCUCGUUACGCAAGUCUCGAACUUACUUCGAGGCUAUCUCGAUCUGUGUAAUUUGUCCCGUAUUUAUUUAUGACGUAAAGAGUGUCUUAAAUUUAUGUCACAUUUAUGAAUAAGGCUGUUAGAAUCAAAUGUACAUCAUGAAGUACAUGUAUUUGAAAAAAGAAAUCACAAGAUAACAUACUCGUAUGUAUAAAUUUACAUAGAAUGUUGACAUUCAUAUACUGUGUAUAAUAAUUGUGUCGUAUAAAAUGCAGUUUUAUAUAUUUAUAUACACUUUUUGUACGAUAUCAUUAAAAUGAAUUUUGUUGAACAGAUUUAGUACAUUAUUUUAUAAUACGUUCGUUUACAUAAGAUUAAGGAAAUAGUUGAAAAUGAUCUGAUCAUAAUCAAGUUUAAAUUGUAAUCAUCGUGUAAACUCAUCAAUUAAACGCACAUAUUGUGUCUAAUUAUAAUUUAGAAAUUAAUUAGAAAGAGAUACAACUAAAUUUGUGUCUAAGGCUUCUAAUAUAAGGACUUUUUUUUGACAAAUAAAAACAGGUUGUAUGAAAACUUUUUAUAACGGUAAACUUGUAACACCAUAUCUGUAUUUUAGUUGGUGAUGUGCAAAUAAUGUUGUAAACUAUUUAGGUAUUACUUAUUAAAACUGUUUUUUAAAGACUUGUACAAUGAACCGACCAUAAUGUACAGUCGCCUGUAGGUGAAACAUGACUUCCUGUUCAUAAAAAUCAAGACCACAUACAUAUAAUUGCGUCUAUAACCCUUGUGCGGUAGACAGAGCCAACAGUCAUCAAAAGACUAAAGGCCAGGUACAGGCCAGUACCUGUUUGGCUUAAUGAUAGAAUUGAGAUCUAAACCAUGUCAAGUUUAUCUGUAGACUGUACAUUUUAAUAUUCAUAGCAAUUUUAAUUGCAAUACUUUGUUAAUAUUUAGUAUAAAUUAAAAUAUUUACCGAAAUAUUUUUCAAGUUUUUAUUAGAAGAAAAAUAUGUUAGCAUCUUAUUCACUGGACAGAUAUAGUCUCCGCCUACCCCUUUAGGAAACGGGAGUGUUUUUAUUUAUAAUAUGCAUUGUAAACAACUAAUAAAAAUACAUUACACUAUAAUAUUACUAACUAAUUAUAACAAAUUAUAUUCACUGAAUUAUAAAAGGUUUAUUUUGCAAUAUUUUAAAAUUAAUUCUAUACAUACGACUAAAAAAAUUGCGUCCUAGUAAAAUUAUUAAAAUAUUUUUCAAUUUAUUUACAAAAGAAAUUUAGUAAUUUCGAAUUUCUACGAAUUAUUUAGACUUGAUCCAUAGAAAUACUUUUAAAAAUUAAUCUUAAGAUUUUAACCAAAAAUUUAAUCGAGUGAGGGCCAAAAGCGAAUUUUUAUGUGAAUAUUUGUAUAAUUUUAAAUGACUUUUAGACACAUGUACAAUUGUUGAUAAAAUAUACAAACAAUUAAAUGUAAUUAUUGCUUGAUUACAUAUCACGUAAUUUUUCUAGUACAUUUUAUUACAAUUUUAUAAUAAUAUACUAUUUACUACAUACACGUGAUUUUAAAAUAUGUAAUGCGCAUAUUAAUGUACAUAUUUUUUAAGCAUUUAAAAUAAUUAGGUACAUUCCUUUUUUGUUAUGGACGCCACUCAUAAAUCUAUAC